AUGGGUAAAUCUCGUGGUUACAGAUCCGGUACUCGUUACGCUUUCCAACGUGACUUCAAGAAGCAUGGUACUAUUGCUUUGUCCACCUACUUGAAGGUUUACAAGGUCGGUGACAUUGUUGACAUCAAGGCCAACGGUGCUGUCCAAAAGGGUAUGCCACACAAGUACUACCACGGUAAGACUGGUAUUGUCUACAACGUCACCAAGUCUUCUGUUGGUGUCAUCAUCAACAAGGUUGUUGGUCACAGAUAUCUUGAAAAGAGAGUCAACUUGAGAGUUGAACACAUCAAGCACUCUGCUUGUCGUCAAGAAUUCUUGAACAGAGUCAAGUCCAACGCUGCUGCUAAGAAGGAAGCCAAGGCCAACGGUCAACAAGUCCAAUUGAAGAGACAACCAGCCAAGCCAAGAGGUUCCAGAAUCAUUACCACUGAAGGUAACAUUCCUCAAACCUUGGCCCCAGUUCCUUACGAAACUUUCAUUUAAAUGGUUUAUUUAUAUUUUUGUGAUAGAAUCUUGGGACACUCAUACUUCUAAUUAAAAAAUUAAUGCACGUAGU